UCAAGGUGCAGGUGGUUCACAUGUAAAUCGAAACCAAAAGUCUGAGUUCGUUGUGUGAGAAGACGCCUUUUCUGAACGCUGUGAAUCAAAGCUUACAAGUUCCGUCUUAUUUAUCGGUCAGGUGAGAUUCAAAAUGUCCAGCACUGUCAUACCUGUGAGCUCUUCAACGCUCAUUAUCCAAUUUCAGCCACCAACACAAACAACACCAGUGACAACGGUGCCAAAUGCUCCUGUGCCUGUCUAUGUACAACAGUCAGCAGGAGUUUCACCUCGUCAUGGACUUCAGGCAUUUCUGAAAGGCCAACCAAAGGCCCUUGGGACGGUCCAGAUAAUGAUUGGUGUGCUGACUUUCCUGUUUGGCAUUGUGUCUGCAGUAAAUGCAGGGUCCAUCUCCGUCUUCAGUGGAAUUGUUUACUGGGGAUCUCUUAUCUACAUUACCGCAGGCUCACUCUGCAUUGCUGCAGAAAAUGAAAUGAAUUCACCCUCCAGUUUGUGUUUGGUGAAUGCUUCACUCGGAAUGAACAUUUUCAGUGCUAUAACUGCAGGCAUCGCCCUUAUUUUAUUUUCACUGGAUUUGGUUUUUGGACCAAUGAAUGUUUACUGCAACGAGUAUGAUAACUAUGACUGUCAUUCACAGAGAAUGUAUAAGACUCUCUUCUUUGGAAUCAGUGGUGUAUUGCUGUUAUUCGCCUUGCUUGAGUUUAUCAUCUCCAUCUAUCUGUCAGCAUUUGCCUGUAAAGGCAACUCCUGCUGCUGUCCUCCUCAGGUGCAGUUUGCUCCACAGGCUUUACCUCCACAGUCCUCUGAUUUCAGGCCCAGUCAUUACCACGAUCUUAACAGCUCUGAGAUACCUGUGGACAGCAGCUCUUUCAUUCAUCAGCAUCCUGCAGAACGUCCCCCGCAAUACAGCGAAAGCAAAUAAAUAUCAAUAUUAAAAACAUGGACAGUGAAGUGAAAAAGUCCCUUGUGAAUGCAAAAUAUAUGGGAAUAUAUUGGAAAAUAUGAUGUCCUCUAAUGUCCUUUCAUAAGAAAUGAAAAUAUGAAAGCAAAUAAAGAAAUCACUUGAUCAGAUAAUAAUUACAGUUUUUCACAGUCAUAUGUGUAAACUCUGUUUAAGACUAGAUAAUAUUUCAUGAUUUUCUUUACUUAAGUCAAGAAUGCUGCAUAAUCAUCUGUGAAAGUGGAUAGGCUUGAACAACUGUAAUUGCUUAAUAUAAUCUGUGGGAAUAGAGUAAAUCAUAAUAAAUAAUCGAUAAAAAAAUGUCUGAUUUGUGUCUUAACUAAAACAGGAAAAAAGUUUGUUGAACAAGGGUGAUUGUCACAUUGUGCAAGUUAAAGGAGAAGCGAGGAUCCAGGGGCCUCAUUUAUAAAACUUGCGUACGCACAGAUUUGAUAUGCUGCAAUUAUAUAAAAGAUAACAUGCCACGGCAGCAAAUUCAGCUGCUCUUGUGUUGGUCCCACUUUGUCGAGACAAACUCGUUGGAGCAGCCCCAAAUUUCAGCUACUGGCGGCUCUCCUCUUUCUGUGUUUCUUCCUGUAGCUGUUGAUUUUAAGUGCUCCUGUGCUUCUCUUUUAUUGAGUUAAUGAAGACACUAACAUGAAAAUACAAACCAGGAGUUUGGAACUUUUUUAAUCUGGGACCAAGACAAAUAUAAUCACAGGUAUUUCAUCACCCACCUAAUUGUUUAAAAGACAUAUAAGGAAAAAUGCACAUUCACUCCCUUUUAGUAUUUUAAUUUUUCUUGUACGACUGAAUAAGUUUAAUUGCAACAUUAAAAUACUUUAUUGUUGGGCAGCAUGUUAUAUUAUUCUUCAUAAACAUUCAAAACCUACUGCCUCCGAAAUACUUGAUUACUGUUGUAUAGUCUCUAUGGUAAACACAUUUUACACAUUAAAAUUAAUCAAAACAAGCAAACAAAAAUCUAAACUAUGUUAUAUGUGCAGUAGACAGACAGGUGCAACUCCAGAAAUGAGGGCAUGAAGCAACAUGCUUUGUCCAUGCUGUAAACGUGCCGCUUGUGCAUUCAGUGUCCAAGCAAAAUAAACGCGUGGACUACAGGCUAAACGAGUUUAAUUGUUGGUCCUUUUUUCAAUUCAAUUUUAUUUAAAUAGAGCUUUUCAAAAUUUUCAUUGUUGAAAGCAGCAUUACAUAUCAUAAUUAAAAAGGACAAAAUUGAAGACAGUAUUUGGUAUUAAGAUGGUAUUAUUGCAAGUUUUGCCCUAUGCAAUGUACACUGAUGAAACU